CCCACUGUAAGAUUAAUUGUAAAAAUUUCUUUUUCGUUGUAUUUUAUUUAUAAAAGUAUGUAAAAAGUGUAACAAACAUUGUGACGUAAUUAUUUAUCAUUUCAACGUUAAGCUUCAAUCCUUAGAUUUGCAACGAAAUAUUUAUUUUAGAUUCAAUUGUUACAGUGUAACUGAAAGUCAAAGCAAAUAGUUUGCAAUUUAAUAUAUAAACCUGAAUGUAUAUGCAAUAAUGUACAAAUGCGGUAAGUCAGUUCACAUCAAAGGCAUGAUUAUGUAUCGUAUAUUGCAUGUUGAUCUUGUAUAUACCAUAUGAAGGUAAAUUUAUAUAAUUCAGCUAUACAGACGUAUUGUUUUUAACGUAACGUUUGAAACAUCCGUUGGAUUAAUUCUCAGGUAUGAGUGAAACGACUCGAAUUUUCAUUAUUAAAACUGAAAUCAAAAAAUUAUUAUUCUUACAUACAAACAAAUAACACGUCUCUUUAACAUAUAUCGAAGAAUUUGCGCCAUCUAGAUCAGACACGAGGCGUUAGCAAUUCUCGAUCGGCAUUAAUAAAGCGACGAGCUCAAUUUGGUUAACACAGCAAAUAUUCAGUGUGACUCAUUUAUCAUAUGAUAUAUACUGCAUAAUUUGCUGUUAUGAGAGUUUUCCGCUCUAACGUGUGUUAGAACAAGAUUACCAAGGUCGUUGUAUAAUAAAACAUCGUCAGCUGUGUAUUAGUAAUUAACGAUUGUACAGGGUUUUGGAUUUUGUAAACUGUAUCAUUAUAAGAUUUGUUUUACUUACUUUAUUAAUUCAAUAUCAAAUUUUAAAUAUUUUGUCAACAUUUUAGUUAUCAAAACAUAUAAUAUAUGAACUAAUGUUUAGCCAGAUAUCAUCUUUAUAUCACAUUGUAAUAUAUUAAAGUGUGAUCUUUCUUUCUUUCUUUUUUCUUAUGUAAUUCUCUUAAAUGAUGUCAUAAAGUUGCAACGAACCAUUUAACAAACAGCUCCAUCUCGGCAUGAGCAGUCGUAAGCGAGGAUUCCAAGCGAGCAGAUCGCUUUGACUUGAUAAAACAAUCACGUUCAACAUAUUGCAUUGGAUUAUAACCUGAGGGUGCCUCACAACUGCAAACAGUCAUAUUGACACAAACUUUCACGACACUGGUGUUUAACUUUAUCUCGAACGAAAGGAGUCAUCGCGUAUUCCGAUUAAACCGUCUAUCAUGGAAUACUGGACGAUAGCCUUAUCAAUAUUAGCCGGCAUACUUAUCAUUUAUUAUUACUUGUCUCGCAAAAACCCGAACGAGUUUCAGCAACACGGAAUUCCAUACUUUGAAGAAUAUUCUUUAGAAAGGAUUUGGAAAAUGUUCGUGCAAUCAAAAUGCGUUGCUGAAUUCAUUAAAGAAAUGUACGAAGUACAUUCCGAUGCUAAAUACAUUGGUGCUUUCAAUUUCUCACAAUCAGUAAUAUUAAUCCGUGACCUUGAACUGAUCAAAUCCGUUGCUAUCAAAAAUUUCGACGCGUUCCAAGAUCAUCUUUUCUUUGGCAAUGAGGCCCAAGAUCCACUUUUCGGAACAAAUCUCAUCGCCCUUCGCGGUGACAAGUGGCGCGAAAUGAGGACGCUUCUGAGUCCCGCUUUUACAGCUAGCAAAAUGAAGGCGAUGUUUCAAUUGAUAUCUGAAUGUGCUGUGAAUUUUUCGGAGUACUUGAUGAACGUACCGUCGGAUAAACGCGUUAUGGAAAUGAAAGACAUAUUCACGAGGUACGCUAACGAUGUGAUAGCUACUUGCGCUUUUGGUAUUAACGUGGAUUCGAUGAGAGAACGGGAGAACGAUUUUUAUAUGUUCGGUAAAAAGGCGACAAAUUUUAAUGCAAUUGCUAUUUUGAAAGUCUUGCUGCAUCAACACAUGCCGUCGCUCGUACGUCUACUGAACAUUAAAUUAAUAGAUGAUUGUACUAAUGCAUUCUUUGUAAAUUUGGUAGCGGACACCGUAAGGACCAGAGAGGAGAAAGGUAUUAUUCGCCCAGAUAUGAUCCAAUUGUUAAUGGACAGCAGAAGUAAAAGAGAACCCGGGAGAGAAUUGACCAUUUUGAACAUGACAUCGCAGGCGUUCAUUUUUUUCUUCGCUGGUUUCGAUUCCAGUUCGACGCUAAUGAGUUUCGCGGCGCACGAAAUUGCCGUCAAUCCGGAUGUCCAAGAGAAGCUGCAAAUUGAAAUUGACCAGGUUUUGGAAGACACGAACGGUCAGCCGUCUUACGAGGCGAUUAACGAAAUGAAGUAUCUGAACGCGGUUAUCAAUGAGGCUCUCCGAAAAUAUCCGGUGCAAGCAGUGACGGACAGAUUAUGCGUGAAGGAUUUCGAGCUGCCUGCCACGCUGCCGAAUGCAAAGCCGUAUCUUGUAAAGGAAGGCAUGAUACUCUGGAUACCGUUUUACGCGCUUCAACGCGAUCCGAAAUACUUUCCAGAACCUGAUAAAUUUAAGCCCGAGAGAUUCCUCGAGGAAGGUCAGUGUAAUUUCGAUGCUUAUCAUCCAUUUGGAUUAGGCCCGAGAAUGUGCAUCGGCAACAGGUUUGCAUUGCUCGAGACACGGACUUUGUUAUUUCAUCUUCUGGCUCGUUGUCAAUUAAAGCCUUGCGAGAAGACUUCGACCUCUGGAAGAUUGCAAAAAAACGGAUUCUUAAUGCAGAUUGAAGGUGGUUUCUGGUUGAACAUUGUACCGAGAGAGAACCAGCAUUUUACACUUAAAAAAUUAGAACAGUAAUGUCGGUUCCAGAUUUCAAAACCCAAGGACGUUAAAUAGUAGGAGUCUUCAAAAUAUAAUAUUCUAUAAAUAUACAUGUAAAGAUAUCGCGAACAUAUUUUACGUUAUAUAUAAUUAAUAACAAUAUUAUGAUAAUAUAAUUGUGAUAAUAACACACGUUGUACGUGCACACGCAAACAAUAUUAAACAAAAAAUUGGUGUAUAAACAUUUCUAAGAUAUCUUGUAACAAUUCUGUGAAUUAUUUCAAUGACGAAAGCAAUUUUGAUAACAAAAUCUUUUAACCUUUUUAUUAUAUAUUAUUAGACAUUAUCAUGUAGGUCAAAGUCAUGAAGAAUAGACAUUUAAAUACAAUUAUGUAACUUUGUAUUAAUUGUUGUUGAUUAAUAUAUAAAUUACUUAUA